ACCUGAUCCGUGCUGUUAACCACAGACCACAAGUUACCAGACGUAUGUUAACAACUGACCUAACAACGUAGUGUUAACUUGUAGGUUGUGAGAGUGGAAAUCCGGUUCCGGUCUACAGGCACGAAAAAUGGGUAAGGUUAAGUGUUCCGAGCUUCGGACGAAAGACAAGAAAGAACUGCUGAAACAGCUGGAUGAGCUCAAAACUGAGCUUACCAACCUUAGGGUUGCGAAGGUGACGGGGGGAGCUGCUUCUAAGCUUUCCAAAAUUCGAGUUGUGCGAAAAGCUAUUGCUCGAGUGUAUAUUGUGAUGCAUCAGAAGCAGAAGGAGAAUUUACGGAAACUUUUUAAGAACAAAAAGUACAAACCUCUGGACCUGAGACCGAAGAAGACUCGUGCAAUUCGCAGAGCACUCUCUAAGCAUGAAAGUGGUAUUAAGACCUUGAAGGAAAUAAGGAAACGACGAGCACAUCCACCAAGAAAGUUUGCUGUUAAGGCUUGAAAUGCAUGUCUGUUGAUUUGCUGUAUCAUAAAUAAAAUAUACAUUUGAAAAAUUA